AAUCCUAAUAUGUUGCAGUGAAGAUCCCUUUUCAGGAUACAAUCCUCACUGGAAAAUGGUUCCAUUCUGGGAAGAGAGCUGGAGAACUUACUGGAGGAGGUACUUGGUCACACCUUCCAUGUUGAAUGUCAUCUGAAAAGCAUAAAUCUCCCAGGCACCUAUCUGGUUCUCAUUCAGCAGCUGGACUGCAGUGAUCCAAAGGGGGGAAAAAAACACGGCUAUUUUGACUGCUACUCCACAUAUGCGGAUGCUGCAGCAGAGACUUCUGCAGGAUCUGCAUUAACAGGUCUAGAGAUACAACAUUUCUUCUAUUUCUUCUACUCGAGUCAUCAAAAUGGUCGUAUGGACAAGAGUAUUGUUCAGUGUACAUGUGGUUAUGCAGUUAACCUGUAUGGUGACUUCCCAAGGAAUUGUUUAUGAUCUCCUGGUGUCACCAGAUUGUUUGCCUGAUCUCCUGCAAGGAGGACUGAAGAAUAAGAACGUGAAUGACGUUUUUAUCCUGACAACGUUUCAGGUCCAGAAUAAAGCUCCAGUGCGUGUUUUCCGCAUUUACAACCCUACAGACAACACCGAUCAUUUUGAUUUCACUGUACAUGGGAAGCUCAACAAAGUCUCUCUGAGGUAUCUGAAAAGCAAUGGAAAGAUAGGCACGGCUACCUUCCUUAAAGUGCCGUUGGCUGAUGGCCGGCCACACAAUGUUAUGCUGCACUUCAGCGGGCUGACGCAUGGCACUCCUCGCAUGGCUCUGUAUGUGGACUGCAGGCUGGUGGAGAUAGUGGAGGAACUGCCUGCUGCCUUUAAGACACUACCUUCUGGCCCUAAUCGAGUGGCAUUAAAAACCAUGUCGGCUACAUCAGAAGAUAGUGUGUCAGACCUUAAGCUAGUUCUGGGUGAAUCAAUAGAGAAUGUUGUGGAGCUUCAAGACUGUUCUCUCCAGCAAGGUGAAUCACUGCAAUUGCUAGGCAUCUCAUCAAAGCUGGAGCCAGGCCCCAUGUUUGAACUUGUACAGAUGAUCCAAGACCUGAAAGAGAAAAUGGACCAGCAGAUCCAGGAGACUGCAAAUUUAAGGAGAAUAGUUAUGGAGUGUGUUCCAUGUGAUGGGCAAAACACCAGGCCAGACUCCAAAACCAAGUGUGCGCCAGGAGUGUGCUUCCAGCAGAGCAUGUGUACUGAGACAGAGCGAGGCUUCAAGUGUGCACCGUGUCCUGAAGGCUAUAAUGGAGACGGAGUCCACUGUGAGGAUGUGGAUGAGUGUCAGUUCAACCCGUGUUUCCCUGGUGUGCGAUGCAUUAACACAGUCCCAGGGUUCCGGUGUGAGAGAUGCCCCAGAGGGUACAGUGGGCCAGAGUUGCAGGGUGCGGGCACCACCUACGCCCAGUUACGUAAGCAGGUCUGUAAUGAUAUAGACGAGUGCCAAAGUGUGGACAAUGGAGGCUGCACUCCUAAUUCCUAUUGCCACAAUACAUUGGGUUCAUUCUACUGUGGAGAGUGUAAGCCUGGGUUCACUGGAGACCCGACAAGUGGCUGCAAGCAGACCUCUGGACCUCAGGAUCCUGGAUCUGAUCCUGUUGAUCCUGCUGCUCUCACUAGCAGGCUGUGUGGGAACGGUCAGCGCAACCCCUGCGAUGUCAACGCGGAGUGUAUUGUGGAGAGAGAUGGAAGCAUCAGCUGUGUGUGCAACAUCGGCUGGGCCGGUAACGGCUACGUUUGCGGGAAGGACACGGACAUCGAUGCAUACCCUGACAAAAAACUUCCAUGCCAGGAUACAUACUGCAAAAAGGACAACUGCAUGUUUGUACCGAAUUCAGGCCAGGAAGACGCAGAUGGCGAUGGAAAAGGUGAUGCCUGCGAUGAAGAUGCAGACAGUGAUGGAAUCCUCAAUGAGAAGGACAACUGCUGGUUGACCCCAAACGUAAACCAGAAGAACAGUGAUGAAGAUCCUCAUGGUGAUGCAUGUGACAACUGCCUAAAAGUAAAUAACCCAGACCAGCGGGACACAGACCAGGAUGGACUCGGAGAUGACUGUGAUGAUGACAUGGAUGGCGAUGGCGUGAAAAAUAUUUUGGAUAACUGCCAGAGAAUUCCCAACCGUGACCAAGUGGACAGUGAUAAUGAUGGUGUGGGAGAUAUUUGUGACAGCUGUCCUGAUGUGCCCAACCCCAACCAGUCAGAUGUCGACGAUGACCUUGUAGGAGACACGUGCGAUACCAACAGCGACAGUGAUGGGGACGGACACCAGAACACCAAAGAUAACUGCCCUACAGUCAUGAACAGCGCUCAGUUAGACACGGACAAGGAUGGGCUUGGGGACGAAUGCGAUGAUGAUGACGAUAACGAUGGCGUCCCAGAUAAUAAAGACAACUGCAGAUUGGUGCCCAAUGCAGACCAAGAAGAUAAAGACAAUGACAAUGUGGGUGAUGCAUGUACUGGAGACUUUGACCAGGACCGGGUGAUUGACAAGAUCGACACAUGUCCUGAGAAUGCAGAGAUCACACUGACAGACUUCAGAGCAUAUCAGACUGUGGUGUUGGACCCGGAAGGCGAGGCUCAGAUUGACCCCAACUGGGUCGUCCUCAAUCAGGGCAUGGAGAUCGUUCAGACGAUGAACAGCGAUCCAGGACUCGCAGUGGGUUACACAGCUUUCAGUGGCGUGGAUUUCGAGGGAACUUUCCAUGUGAACACUGUGACUGACGAUGACUACGCCGGCUUCAUCUUUGGCUACCAGGACUCUUCCAGUUUCUACGUGGUUAUGUGGAAGCAGACAGAGCAGACGUACUGGCAGGCUGUGCCUUUCAGGGCCGUGGCUGAACCUGGCAUCCAGCUCAAGGCUGUGAAAUCCAAGACGGGGCCUGGCGAGUUUCUGAGGAACUCUCUGUGGCACACGGGGAACACCAAGGAUCAAGUGCAGUUGCUGUGGAAAGAUCCUCGUAACGUAGGCUGGAAGGACAAGGUCUCAUACCGCUGGAACCUGCAGCAUCGGCCUCAAGUCGGAUACAUCAGGGUCCGUUUCUAUGAAGGCGCCAGCAUGGUGGCAGACUCCGGCAUGGUCAUCGACACGAGCAUGAGGGGGGGCCGUCUGGGCGUGUUCUGCUUCUCCCAGGAAAACAUCAUCUGGUCCAAUCUGAAAUAUCGCUGCAAUGACACGAUCCCUGAAGACUACCAGGAGCACGUUGCACAGGACACCAUCAGGAAAGAGGAUACACAGGAUAAUUCUACGCAGUAACCACAUG